AUGGAUUCUGAGCACGAAGACGACUAUGAUUUGUGCUGUAUUGAAAGAUCAAACAGCAGUGCCUUACCAUUUGAUCCUAUCUCUUUGGAAAACAUUAUUUUAAAUAUUACUGACAAAUUUGAUUUUCGUGUGAUUUGGAACGAUCAAAGAGCAAAAAGCGCUUUACUGGUGACAACAGGAUUAACAGUCGCUGGGACUUUAAUUGGAAAGCACUAUGGCGGGAAAGUUGGUGCAACCAUUGGAGGCGCAGUUGGCGGCGCCUGUGGGAUAGGUUUUGUCGUUGUAUCAAUGCGAGAUAUAUGGGAGGACGUAAAAUCAAAACUGUCGGAGCUGUUUGACGUGGUCUAUGACUACCUGGCAGGACUGGGUAUAGAGGACUACAAGAAAGCGGCACAAUUUUUGAUACAUAAUGGCGAUUACAGUAAAGAACUUGCAAUGCUUAUAAUACAAAUUUCUUCCGACAUAUUGGGAAAAAAAAUAUUGUCCAGUUUGACCCCCGCGUAA